AGAAAAUAUCGAAAAUAUAAAAACAUAUUUCGCACAUUUUCGGCAACUUCUUAGCAAUCAUGUUGGUAAAACACAUCGUCAAGCAGGGUCUGCUGUUCAAAAAUGCUGGUGCCAUGUCGCGUGCCGCCUACCACGGCGGUGGCGACCACAAGCACUCCACCAUGAACGACCUCCCCAUACCAGCUGGUGACUGGCAGGAGCAGCAGAGCCGCAACAGCACCAAAUACAAUGCCACCCUCUUGGCUGGUGUUUUGGUGCUGGCUGGCACCAUUGGCUUUGUAAAAUCUUCGGGCCUGGUAUAUUUCAACUACAGCGCUCCCAGCAGCUUGGAUUAGAUUGUGGGCAAACAAUCUGUUCACGUACAUUGCAAAUAAUUAUGUGUUAAAUAAGCGUAAAGUGGAAGAAUAGUAAAUCACAAACCCAAACACU